AUGAUUGGCAAACAUGCUUUUGUAGGCUGCUGCAUAGCAGCCUUGUCUGCCAAAACUUAUGCCCAAGACGAUGUCCAACUGCCCCCAACUAUCUGGGACCGCCUGGACCUACCGUUCACCUUCACCGACUGCGCUGCACCGACCGAGAUGGAAACGUGUUGGAAAGCACAAAACUACACCGCUAAAGAUGAUUAUCUUGUCCAAUCUUUGGGCUUGCAGGACAGGAUGGAGUGCGCCCUUACAAACUGCUGGAACAGAGUCUAUUCAUGUGAUUACCAACAACUACUGCUCUCCUAUAAUUCCACAUGCUCUUUAGUGAUGAGUGAAGACGAACCCGCGCUGAACCUGCCAUUUUGGCCAGCUCCUGCAGAUGCAGCUGAGUCAUGCAGCUGUGACCUCAACAAGCUAAACGACAACUUGCCCGACAACGCCUUGUCACUUUGUAUGGAAAAAGUAAAAUCUGAGCGUGGCGAUCCAGACGAUUCUGAAGAGCGACCAACUCCCGAUUGCGAUUGUUGCCUCUACGGGGCUUAUGCUGCUGGCGCCUGGGAUACCUGCAAAGAUCAAGACCCUGGUUACAUUGUUCUAGACUACAUCCGAGCGGCUUUCAUCGACAGAGACAGCCAUGGCAACAACAAUAGUCUGGCGCAAUGUCCCUCCCAGCUCCAGAAUUUCGAUUGCACAGAUCAUGGGUUCAGCUUGUAUGGUGUAAAUGCUUCAGACUAUGCAAGAUCUACUCCAUUGCACUCGGCUACUGGUACUUGGAGUGACACCAAUGGUAUUCUGACUGCUCCUGUUAGCGGCGCGACUUAUACCUGGACUGCGUGGAAUGCGACAUUGAUCAUCACCGCUGCUUCAGUGGAGGCGAUGGCUACUAGGACUGCCAGUGCUACUGGAGAGACCAGUAACAGUGGGAACGGUAGUGUGACUCAAAAGGGCGCCGGUAGCUUUACUGGCAGUAUGACUGGAACUGGGACUAGCGCUUCGUCCAUGAGUACUGGUGCUGCUUCUGAAUUGAUGGCUGCACAGCAUCCCGCAGCUGCUCUCAUGGGACUCGGUGGUCUCGUAAUUGCUCUCUUGUGA